AUGCACUGCCGUGACUCUCUGGGUACCCAUAAACCUUUUCUAAAUCAACAAAUCCGACAAAGACCUCGCCUUCCGCAUCUCCUCCUUUUGCCACCAUAUCCAUAUACAUCUUCACCAAUAUCAAAAGACAUGUCUUCUUCAGGGGUAAGCCUUGAAAAUUAUUUAAUUCCAUUGAAAGAGAUCAACGGUGCCACCGAAAACUUUAACCAACAGAGAUGUAUUGGAGGCGGUGGAUUUGGUGCAGUCUAUAAAGCUGCUAUCAAACGGCUAAGUCGAGAUAGCUUCCAAAGAGAACACGAGUUCCGAAACGAGUUAGAGUUGAUCUCAAAAUUUCACCAUGAAAACAUCAUAUCGUUCAUUGGAUAUUGUGAUGAAGACAAUGAGGUGAUUAUAGUUUACGAGUAUGCCAUGAAUGGAAGGCUUGAUUAUCAUCUCCAAGACCCACAUAAGAUGAGUUGCAUAACAUGGACACAACGCCUGAUGAUUUGCAUAGGAGCAGCAAGAGGACUGAGUUACCAUCACUCAGGUCUUGGGGAGCAUAAUGGAGUAAUACAAGAGACGUCAAGUUCUAACAUAUUGUUAGAUAAUAAUUUGGUUGCAACAGUUUGUGAUUUUGGCUUGUCAAAAUUUGGUCCAAGAAAUCAGAGUGAUACCGAAGUUUAUACAAGGGUUGCGGGUACACAGUUUUACAUGGAUCCAGCUUACCAUGAAAGUGGUAUCCUCAGAAAAGAAUCGGAUGUGUACUCUUUCGGUGUGGUAUUGUUUGAAAUCCUGAGUGGGAUGUUGGUCUAUCAUGAAAAGAGUUUUGGAGAUGAUUGCCAACAAAAUCUCAUAACUUCUGUUCGGAGAUACUAUGACAAGGAAUCUCAUAAGACCCACAAACCUUCCGCCUCUACCCAUGCAAUACGUUCCAUGAUAGAAAGUGUCGUCCAUAAACUAAAGUAUUGUGCCAGUCCAGAUGAGCAGCUGACUACCGCUAGUGAAAUCCUCCUCCUUGCAAAAGGACACGAUGACAAUUGUGUCGCCAUUGUCAAGGCUGGAGCAAUCCCUAUGCUCUCACACCUACUCACUUUACCAGACACGCUUGCACACGAACAUGCAUUGAACGCAAUUCUUAAUCUCUCGAUCCGUGAAGAAAACAAAUGCAUCAUAGUCUCUUCUGGGGCUGUGACGGGGAUCAUUUAUGUGUUGCAGGAAGGAGCUAUCCCACCUCUUGUGUUGCUGUUGAGUGAACGUACUCAGAGAGGGAAGAAGGACGCAAGCAUUGCGUUGUAUAAUUGA